GGCAGACCAGAAUCGUUCGGGGCUUGCCACGAGCAUUUCUUCAAGAAACCUUCAACCAUAUGGAUGGCUCACUUGCCUUUAGUUUGCACAUUGUUGUGAGCAUAUCGGUAUCCCACUCUCGCCUCUUUAAUUUACACCCCAGUGAGUGUGUACAAAGAUUCACGAGAAAGAACAGCGAGAUACGGGGCACGGAUUGAUUGCGUAUUCAAAAUCCUGCAAAGCUUAAUUACAACAACUACUGAUAUAGACACAUUUGCCAAUAGUAUCGAAGCCUUUGGUCUCUUCCGGGAUUUGCGUGUCUUGUGGGCGAAUAAAGGAUUCACGAUUGGCACAGAAUGGAUUCAAUAGCUAAGUCGUUUGUUGCAAGUCAUCCAAUCUUGAAAGUCUAAUUUCUCUAAUCCGCUGUGACUUUGAUUAAGAUAUCGGAAUCUCUCUUUAACUUCGUCGAUUAGUGAAAAAAUCGCAGACAUUUGCUGCAAAAUGUAAAUCGACCCGGACAUCUAAUCAAUACCAGAAGUCCGAAUUUCGCAGCAUUCAACAGUAUCAACAUGGCGGUAAUAUGUCUACGGGUUUGGAAUCAAAGUUCACCUCUGCAUAAAAGUCCACCUCUGCAUCAAAGUCCACCUCUGCACCAAAGUCAACCUCUGCAUCAAAAUCCACCUCUGCACCGGAAUCAACCAAUCGUUGUAAUGUGUAGUUUACACACUCAUCGUCCACGAAACAAAUACGUGGUAGGUCCACCACAGAACAUCGGCUCAUUGAUUAUUGUGGAAUAUAUAUCACCACCUUCUCCCACUGGUUUACUACCAACCCCACGACAGCACAGUAACCUCCCAUCAAGUCAAACUUUUGCUCUGGAUAUCUCAGAUUCAAACAUUCCUAGGAAGAUCAGCUCAGCAUGUCUUCAUACACCCCAAAGUUUGAUAACAAAUGUUACAUUACUACCAAUUCUCCUGAUGGGAAAACCACUACCUUUGCUGAUUCCACCUCAUUUGUAACCAAGUCACAAGCUCCUGGCGUGACAGUACAAUACGCCUAUUCUGCGGCCUCGACACUCUCAUUCACCGAUGACGCCGACCUUGAAGCACACCAAGAAGCCAUCAAGCAAGGGAAAACACCCAACGUCCCCUCGGCUGGUAACAGCGUAGCUGUGUUUUGCCACUUGGAACCUAAUCCCAGUGGAGCCGAGGGGUUCCUCCAUCGUACGCGUACGCUUGACUAUGUAACUAUAACGGACGGGGAAUUGGGGUACACGGUGAACAGUGGAGAGAAAAGAGUUUUCAAAAAGGGAGAUGUAGUUAUUCAACGGUCGGGAUGGCAUGCUUGGACCAACCUGAGUAAGACGGAAGGGGCUACUUUUUUUGCCGUUGCAAUGGGCGCUGAGGGUGCGACGCAAGAUUUCAUGGAGCUUACCGAUGCAUAGGAUGGCUUUGGAAUGGAUAGGUGACAGACGUCUGGUCUGAUUUGUAUUUAUAGAAAAUGAGAAGUGAUGGAUUUAUUUCU